CCGGAGCCGGGGACAGACGGAGCCCACGUCGGCCGGGAGGCGCGGGCGCGAGGAACCGGCAGGAGCAGCAGGCGACCCGAGCUGCGCCCCGAGCCAUGGCCCUGAGCGAGCUGGCACCGCUCCGCUGGCUGCAGGAGAGCCGCCACUCCCGGAAGCUCAUCCUGUUCAUCGUGUUUCUCGCGCUGCUGCUGGACAACAUGCUGCUCACCGUCGUGGUUCCCAUCAUCCCUAGUUACCUAUACAGCAUUAAGCAUGAGAAAAAUGCUACUGAAAUCCAGACCUCCAGGCCUGCGCUCACAGCCUCCACCUCAGGAAGCUUCCAGAGCAUCUUCUCCUAUUAUGACAACUCUACCAUGGUCACCGGGAAUGCUACCCGAAACCUUCAUGGGGAACAGCUGCAUAGAGCUGCCACCACACAGCACAUGGUGACCAACAAGUCCACUGCCCCUUCUGACUGUCCCAGUGAGGACAAAGACCUUCUGAAUGAAAAUGUGCAAGUUGGCCUGCUGUUUGCCUCCAAAGCCACCAUCCAGCUCCUUACCAACCCUUUCAUAGGCCUGCUGACCAACAGAAUCGGCUAUCCCAUUCCCAUGUUUGCCGGAUUCUGCAUCAUGUUUAUCUCAACAAUUAUGUUUGCCUUCUCCAGCAGCUACGCCUUCCUGCUCAUCGCCAGGUCCCUGCAGGGCAUCGGCUCCUCCUGCUCCUCUGUAGCUGGGAUGGGCAUGCUGGCCAGUGUGUACACAGACGACGAGGAGCGAGGCAACGCCAUGGGGAUCGCCCUGGGAGGCCUGGCCAUGGGGGUCUUAGUGGGCCCGCCCUUCGGGAGCGUGCUGUAUGAGUUUGUGGGGAAGACGGCUCCCUUCCUGGUGCUGGCUGCCCUGGUGCUCCUGGAUGGAGCCGUUCAGCUCUUUGUGCUCCAGCCGUCCCGGGUGCAGCCAGAGAGUCAGAAGGGGACGCCUCUGACCACCCUGUUGAAGGACCCGUACAUCCUCAUUGCCGCAGGCUCCAUCUGCUUCGCCAACAUGGGGAUCGCCAUGCUGGAGCCGGCCCUGCCCAUCUGGAUGAUGGAGACCAUGUGUUCCCGAAAGUGGCAGCUGGGCGUUGCUUUCUUGCCAGCAAGUAUCUCUUAUCUCAUUGGAACCAAUAUUUUUGGGAUACUUGCACACAAAAUGGGGAGGUGGCUUUGUGCUCUUCUAGGAAUGAUAAUUGUUGGAAUCAGCAUUUUAUGUAUUCCUUUUGCAAAAAACAUUUAUGGACUCAUAGCUCCCAACUUUGGAGUUGGUUUUGCAAUUGGGAUGGUGGACUCGUCAAUGAUGCCUAUCAUGGGCUACCUCGUGGACCUGCGGCACGUGUCUGUCUAUGGGAGUGUGUACGCCAUUGCAGACGUGGCAUUUUGUAUGGGAUACGCGAUAGGUCCUUCUGCUGGUGGUGCUAUCGCAAAGGCGAUUGGCUUUCCAUGGCUCAUGACAAUUAUUGGGAUCAUCGAUAUUGUUUUUGCUCCCCUUUGCUUUUUCCUUCGAAGUCCACCUGCCAAGGAAGAAAAAAUGGCUAUUCUCAUGGAUCACAACUGCCCCAUUCAAACAAAAAUGUACACUCAGAAUAAUAUCCAGUCAUAUCCAGCAGGUGAUGAUGAAGAAUCAGAAAGUGACUGAAACCCUCAAAAGUCAUUGGUGUUUAAUUGUAUACAAGUGUUUCCAGUGAAAUGACUCAUCCAGAGCUGUCUUAGUCAUACCAUCCAUCCCUGGCGAAAGAGUAAAACAACCAAAGGUUAUUAUUUCUUUUCUGUGGUUAUGAUCGACUGCCAACAGCCUUAUAAAGAAAAAGAAGCUUUUCUAGGGGUUUGUAUAAAUAGUGUUGAAAACUUUAUUUUAUGUAUUUGAUUUUAUUAAAUAUUAUACAAUAUAUUUUGACGAAAUAGGUAUAUUGUAAAUCUAUAAAUAUUUGAAUCCAAAUCAAAUAUAAUUUUUUAACUUACAUUCACGAACACUUGGACAAAAAUAUCUUAUCUAUUUUCUGAAUAUUGGUAAUGAGUGUUUAAAGCACACAUUGAGACUCUUCCAAUAAUUAGAAACUAGAAGGGAGUCUGAAAAACAAUCAUAUGACAGCAUGUUAUGUAGCGACACUGCAAGUAUUAUUUAACUUGUAAUUACUAUCUAUAUUUGAGUUAAAAGCUAGUUUAUCUCAAGUGCAGAGGACAAGAAUUUGAAUCAGUCAUCUUUUGGAUUUCUUUGUAAAUCUUUCGCCGGCAUUAGUUUUGUAUGUAAUCACCUACUUGGAAAGGGAUGGUUGUAAAUGAUGUUACACGUCCUAUGGUUGGCAGCCGACAUCAAGGUCAAGAAGGGGAGAUGGUAAAUGUUCUGAAAGUACAGAAAAGCACCCAAAUGUAAAGUUAGGAACCAAAAGCUUUCCUUGUAAGAUGCAUACUUGUCUUAGUGGAUGAGAAUGGAGGACACAGGCACCUUACACUGUCAAGGUUGUAAAAGCAAGGUAAGGUUUGUCAACACCUUGUUCAAGUUUUAGAGAAAAACAAGGCUAAUUGCUGCUAUAAAUUGAAAAAUCAAGUCUGUAAUAAUCUUCGACCGUCUGUAGGUCAUCCAAGUGUCUUUUUAGGGAUCUGUUAAUUUUUGGUUGUCUGAAACUAUUAUUUGUCCGGACUCCCGAAAGUUGUUCACAAAUGUGAAAACAAAGAAUUGUUUAUGUAUUUAAUCACAUUAGAAAACGAGAUAAAAAUAACGGGGUGGUCAGAACACACCCCCUUUCCAGGGCAAAGAAAAGCCAAACAUAAAAAAAUGUGUGUGUUACCAUAUCAUCUGUGUGCUGGGUAAUAUACAUUUUCUAAGCAUGAUAACAUUGAUGUCUUUCAGCAUACCAGCAAAUAGUGUUAGUGACUAUUGUCAGUUUACAUUGUUUCAUAUGAGAUGUGACUGGAAUGUGAAGAUAGUGUGGAAUAUAUCCCAAAUAAUACUUAUCCUACAAUUCUGUAAUCAUAAAUUGUCAGUUUGGUUCAGCUAAAUUGUGUUUGUGUUAACUUGGACAUCAAGGAGCAAAGAUCUUUAGAACAAAGUCUCCUCAACCUUUUUGACUACUACAUAUUCUCUAGGAAAGUGGCUAGUACUUCUUUUGUUUUAUGAAACUUUCCUGUGGGGAUUAGAUGAUGUGACAUUUGGUUUCAAGGGCGGUGUUGAGGAAAACAAGCUUCUUACUCACUUAGUAACACUGGACUAUUACAAAAGUUGGUUACUUUGGAAGAUGGCUCUGGAGGAACUCUUAAAUGGCUGAUAUAAAAAAGGCAUGACUGUAGGCUUGUACAGAAUAGCUUUUAAAAACAACAUGCUAUGAGCUGGGAUGUGGCUUGGCAGCACAGAGCCUGCCUGACAUGUGAGACCCUGGGUUCAAUCCCCGGCACUGCAGAACAAAACAAACAAACAAACAAACAAACAAAAAACCAGUGUGCUGCAAAUUGGUUCUCUUGGAGGGGCUUGAGGUUCUCCCUGCCCCUAAUGCCCUACAAUUUAUUCCUAUUUUACUUUUGCCUUUCAGGCUUUAGCUUCUGUAAGAAUGACUGGCAAAGGCAUGCCUCCUAUUGAUCCCUAGGAAAAAAAAUAAAAGCUUGAGAACUGUUUAGGGAGCAAAAGAUACGUUGCAUGUAUUUGAGGAAAAAAUGAUGUCUUUUAUAUAACUAAUACUCUGGGUUAGCAAGACUAUGAAAACAGAGGUGAUGUUAUAUCAUAUAUGUAUCGGAACAAUGAAAAUACAGCUCUCUGAACAUUUGUUUUUUGAAGAGGUGGCUUUUAUGUUUGUACCUGGUAAUACAGACACAAACAUCUAAAUGAGGUAGUAAUGAAUAUUCAGCUUUCUUUUGACUGCUACAUGUAUCUGUCCUAAUAAUGUUCUAGCUAGUCUAUUUAAUAAACCUGAUCACUAUACUGUGCCUGUUUGUACUCUUUCAUAAACUAAAUAUUGUUGGAAUAAAAUAUGUAAGGUAUCAUUUUGAUUGUGGAUGUUUAAUUAAAAACUAUUCAUCUGUGCUUGCAGG